UCUCUAGCUGUGUGCGGGAGAGCACCGUGCGCCACCACGGCCCCGCUACCUUCACUCUCCCCUCGUGUCUACGCUACACCCAAACCCCGGAAUAUUAAUCUAAUUACUAGUGAUAAUUGUGUAGUGAUGGUGAAGAUGUUGUGAGUGGGUGUUAGUUAUGGUGAGGUAGUGGUGGUUGCGCGCCUCGUGGCCAGAGUGCCGCCCCCUCCCACCACCACCAUACUACUGCCACCAUGGUGCCUGCCGACGCCGGUGACGACGAUGGCCUCUACCAGCCGCCGCGCCCACCACUGCCAGCCCCAACACCCUAUACUCACCCUCGACCUGUUCUCCCUGCAGCGCCGCCCAGGCCCACGCUCUCGCCUGCCCCCUCCCUCACCCGCCUCACCCACCAGCAGCAGCAACAGCAGCAGCAACAACAACAGCAGCAGCAGCAGCAGCAGCAGCAGCAGCAACAGCAGCAACAGCAGCAGCAGCAGCAGCAGCAGCAGCAGCAACAGCAACAGCAGCACCAUCAGCAGCACCACCACCAGCAGCAGCAGCAGACACAGGUUACGAGCAGUGGGCAGUCAGUGUCACAGGGCUCGGUCACCUCUGUGUUGUCAUGUGCCCCUCAGCCCCUGCCGGGCCUCGCCCAGGGCCCCAUGCCUCACUUCCUGACCGCCACCCCUCUGGUAGGCCUGGCCCCCCGCCCUGCCGCACCGCAGCCCCCACCCUACCGCUACCCACCUUUUCAACCUGUCCCCAUGUACCGGCCGCCUCCCAACCCUCGGGUGUGCUGCCGGGCUCCCGCCCUCCAUCUUUGGCCCUGACGAUCUCCCUCCCCCUUCCUUCCUGUCCUCCCUAGCAGCCCGCUCGCCCCUGGGGGGCACAGGCAGCCUCUCCUGCCCCACCAGCCUCAGUCAGCAGGCGGUGGGGGAGCCAGUGCCCACAGUGGUGAGCUCCUCAGGAUACUUGGCUGGAAGUGUGCCGGGGCCUGGGUGCUGGUCGCUGCCCCGGGACCCUCACAGCACCGCCCCGGACAUGGCGGUGACCGUGAGCCACGAGCGGGGUGCAUCUGCCCCAGCAGCGAUGGUAGGUGGGGUAGGCGAGGAACUCAAGACCCGCUCACUGCCCACGCGGUGCCUCCAUGGGGCCCGACCUCCCCUGGUGGCCCGGCGGAACCUGGUGCUGUCUGAGGGUGAGGGAGGCGGGCCGGGCUCCUCCUCCCUCCUGUGCGAGGAGGACGGCUUCUACUUCAACCAGCCCCUGUUGGAGGAGUGUGAUGAGGACCUCUAUGGCUCCUCCGAGGAGCUCUCCUCCGGCUCCUCCAUCCUGGAGAAGCUCAUGGUCUGGGCCUACUACAACGCCGAGGGCCAGCCAGAGGACCCCCAAGGUAUGCCCUCUCUCUCAUGGGCCCUCCAAGUGCCCAGCAUGACCUGGAACCCUGGACGUGCUAACCAUUACCUUGUGCCAUUGAUGCCAUGCAUGACCUGGUGGCACGCAUGACCUGGCGUGCUUGUGUGUGUGCUCACCUGGAUGAACUAGCAGAGUUGAGCUUCAGCUCCUAAGUCUUGUCUCUCUAGUUACCAACUAGUUAAUGCAAUGUCUCUCUUCCUGCACGUAACUUGUGUGUAUAAAAAGUUACAUUUAUUCCCUCUUGAACUAAAACAAAGGAUUGAUGUCUUUGAAUUAUUUGUUUCCAUUUUACAUUGAUAUGUGUUGUUCAAUCAAUUUCCAAUUUUAACAUUCAACAGUUAACAUUUUAACAUUUAGUGCUUCCAUGUGUGUCUCCUGUGGAAAAUAUCCUCUAUUAUAUAUACAAAUAUUCAACAUAUGGUCUUUGUGACUCAUAGCUGUCCAAAACUUUUUUUACUGGAUUUGCAGGUGUUUGUAACUCUGAAUAUUAAGCUCAUGUUGCCAUAACAAAAGCUACCUUUUAUCACAUAAUUUGCAUUAAACAUAUUAAUCUCAUGUGUUAACUAUCAUAAUACGUCAAGAACAGUGUUCUGGAGAAAGGAGGUAAUAGAUAUCUGAACUAUAAACGAUGUUAAACACCACGUUGUUUC